GCCGAUUUUCCGAAAUUAGCAAUACUCCAACCGAAUUCGAACCGAGCUAUAUUUCGGUUCGGUUUGUCCGAACCGAAAUAUAACUCGGUUCGGUUCGGAUUUUCCACCAAACCCGAAUUUAUGGAAGACUUCCCCUUAUCUCCCUCUCUCCCCACAGAUUUAUCUCUCUCUCUCUCUCUCUCUCUCUCGUCUCUCCAUCUCCCCACACUAACAAUCUGUUCCCCAUAUUUUCCCUCAAUCAAUCUCUCUCUCUCAUCUCUCCUCUAUAUCCCCAAAAUCUACUCCCCUGAUUUUCUCUCGAUCAAUCUCUCUCAUCUAUCUCCCACUAAGAAAUAGAAUAUGCUCCCCAGAUCAAUCCUUCCCUCAAUCUUUCUCUCUCUCUACUCCGGCCGCAAACUCGGCGGCAACGACGAUUUACUGAGUGAACAAGGCAGCUGCAACGACAACCACGAUGGCUAUUGAUGCAGUGAACAGCGCGGCGCGGCAGCGGCACUGGGUGAGGAGAAGAGAACGGGG